AUGUCUACUGAGAGUUCCACCCAGAAGUCGCCACUCCUGGCCGACACAUUGACUGACUCGGAUAACUUCAACUCCAAUUUCGUGAUCAAAGUGGGAAAGAACGUGACUUUGGCGCUGGGCGCCGAUGCCCUUCUUAUACAUGCCAUCGUCGAUGCAGACCCGAAAGUUGUCAAGAACAUUCAGUGUUGCGGACUUUGGACGACUGAAUCUAGUCCGUCACAAGAAAUACCCUUCUACAACAUCCUUGCCGUGGAAGCAUCUGAAUCCACCCUGUCUAUAAAAUACGCCAAGCUUCUGUUAAAAGAAGACUACUCUCCCAGCACACUACAAUAUAUUUUGAACGGCGGCGAGGCGACCAAAGUAGAAUCUUGGGUCGAGCGGUUAUUGGAGCUUGCGUAUGGCGACGCGCAACGGAACAAGCGGUUGCGGGUUUUGAUUAAUCCCUAUGGCGGCAAGGGAUACGCUACAGACUUGUAUGCUCAGUAUGCGGCGCCCAUGUUCGAGGCUGCAGGCUGCAAGAUCGACUUGGAGACGACGACUCACUCUGGCCAUGCUAUUGAUCUAGGCGAAAAUAUAGACGUCGAUGCUUACGAUGCAGUCGUAUGCUGCUCCGGCGACGGCCUGCCGUAUGAAGUCUUGAAUGGGUUGGCAAAGAAGCCGAAUGCGUCUGAGGCGCUCACCAAGUUGGCAAUAACUAUGCUUCCUUGUGGAUCGGGAAACGCAUUGGCUUGGAAUCUCUACGGCACAAAUAGUGUCAGCUUGGUUGCUCUUGCGAUCAUCAAAGGCUUGCGGACUCCACUGGACCUGGCAUCAAUCUCACAGGGGAACACCCGAACACUGUCAUUCUUGUCGCAGUCAUAUGGGAUCAUUGCCGAGUCAGACUUGGGAACUGACCACUUGCGUUGGAUGGGUGCUGCGCGGUUCACUUACGGCUUUCUUGUUCGCCUUAUCGCUCAAAAGACAUAUCCGUGCGAUGUGGCUUUCAAGGUUGAGAUGGACCAGAAGAAAGACAUCAAGGAACACUAUCUCGCAUACAAGAACAAGAAGCCGGAACUUCGGCCAGUCGGUGGAGGUGAUCAAGUUGGAAAGGGGUUGCCUCCUCUCAAAUACGGUACUGUCGACGACGAGGUGCCCAGUGACUGGGAGAAGGUGUCUACAGAUACGAUAGGCAAUUUGUAUGCCGGAAACAUGGCCAUUAUGUCUGCCGACGUCAAUUUCUUUCCUGCUUCGUUACCUGGUGAUGGAAUGAUGGACCUGGUUAUGAUCGAUGGAACAAUCGGGCGCAUGAAAUCAUUGUCUAUGAUGACGGCGGUAGAAAAAGGCCAAUUCUUCGACAUCCCCGAAGUGGAAGUCCGCAAAGUCAGCGGAUACCGACUUAUCCCCCGGAAUCAGGGGGAUGGCUACAUUAGCGUUGAUGGUGAACGGAUCCCGUUCUCGCCCUUUCAGGUAGAGAUCCACCAGGGGCUUGGGACAGCCCUGUCAAAGUCGGGACAUUUAUAUGAGGCACGUGGGCCUUGCUGA